GCCUUUCCCUCCUUCCACAGCCUCCCGGCACUGCGGAUGCCGGCAGCAUGGCGGACUCACAGGUGUUCCUGCUGGACGAGUCGCACGUCAACCAGAAGGUGACAGAGGCGCAGGCCUGCUUCUAUUAUAGCGAGGAGCAGCGUCGGGCCCUGGAGACACUGGUGACCAGAGGCGAGGCCGCCUACAGGGAGACCCUGCGAAAGGAGCAUCUCCAGGACUUCCUCUCCAGCCAGGAGCUGCAGGCCCUGCGGGGCAGCUGGCGGGCAUAUGAAGACCCCCGGGAGAGUACCAAGGUGGUGCGGGGCCCUGGAGGCAAGGCCAUCUCGUUGGCCUACUGGCCUGAGCUCUCGGACACGGAGGUACCACCGCUGGACCUGGGCUGGACUGACAAGACCUUCUACCGGGGCAUCAGCCGCGUGGCUCUCUUCACGCACCCUCGCAAGGAGGAGAACGUGCCCCACCUGAAGGAGGUGGUGAGGGAGAUGAUCCAACAGGCACAGAAGAUUAUUGCAGUGGUCAUGGAUGUAUUUACAGACCAGGACAUCUUCCGAGAUAUUGUUAAUGCAGCAUAUAAGCGCUGGAUCCCAGUCUAUAUAAUCCUAGAUGAGGAUGGUGUGAAGCUCUUCCUGGAAAUGUGCAGAUGCCUUGAACUCAGUGACUUGCAGAUUCGGAACAUCCGCAUCCGUUCUGUGACAGGAGUUGGGUUCUACAUGAAAACAGGGAAGAUCAGAGGUACACUGGCAUCUCGAUUCUUGAUGGUAGAUGGUGAAAAGGUGGCCACUGGAUCAUACAGCUUCACAUGGAGUUCAUCCCAUAUUGACAGAAACAUCCUACUAGUCUUGACAGGACAGCAUGUGGAGAUGUUUGACAUUGAGUUUCGUGAGCUCUACGCUAUCUCAGAGGAAGUAAAUUUCUGCAAGGAAUUGGGUAUUGCUAAUCCAAACCAUCAUGGAAUUGAGAAAUCGGGCUUUCAUUCCUCCACUGUGGCUCGGAAGAUCAUUAAUCCCAAGUAUGGCUUAGUGGCAGGGGCAACCCGUGGUGAUAUGUUGCUCUGGGCUGCACGACACAGGCAGGAUAAUCAGGAUAAUAUGGAAAGGGAAGAAACAAGUGAGUCUAAGAAACGAUUAAAUCAGUUUCUGAAUGACUUAAUCACAUUAGAGCAAGAACUCCCAGAGAUUGAACCACCUCUGGAGAAUUUCAACAAGCAGAAUCGGAGCCCUCAGAAACUACUGUCCCGAUUCCACAUGGACCUGAAAAAUAAAUCCAAAUCCAGAGAGUCCAUUCGUGACGUGAAGAAAGAAGAUGCACAGGCCAACUCAAAGCAAGGAAAGCGGUUUGCCAGUGGGAUUUUUGGUCGCAAGGCCAAACGAUCUCCCGGUUCAAGCAUUGAAGCAAAUUCUUUUGCCAGUGAAGGACACUCAGGGGAAGACCUUGGGAAUAUGAAACUGGAAUAUGAGCAGCUCAGCACAAGCCAUGCCAGCGUUCGGAGCGCUGAAGGCAUCUCAGGUAACCUGGGUCCAAACUCCACUGCAAGCGAUAAAAGCAAACAGUCUACCUGUGUGUUAUCUUGAUUGCCUGGGAAACUGAAGACUGAACAAGCUGGCUUAUAACAUGUUUAUUGAUUUGUCCUUACACAAUGGUCUGUCAAGCCACUGUGUGAUCCUGUGAUGCAGCUGGCACCCCCAGUUAAAUCUUAUUUCCUGGGUGAAGCAUAGACUUUGGAUGGUUGGUCCCUUAAAUGAGGGUUAAUGAUGAAUGUAUUAGUCCAUACGUGUGUAUGCAUAUAGAUUUUAUACAUAAAAACAACUGUGAUGACUGGUCUCAGAGCUUGCUCUGUGUCCAGGUAAAUGCAGGAGAUUUUCUGACUUACUUAUGCUGCUACUUCAGUCUGUUCAGUUACAGACUCAGAAUCACUGUGUUGCAUUGUUUACUCUGCUGCAUUGCAGAAAUGUAUCGGCCCGACCGGCUGGAAGUCAAAGUCCAAUCAGUGGCAAAUUCUGGGUGAAACAGUGAUGUUUACAGACAGCAUAGCAAUGCUUUGUCCUCAAGGAGUCUUCCUGUAGAUUCCUAUUGUCACUUAUCCACACAGAAACUACUGGCUGGGGGAGAAGGGUUAGGCUAGAAGAGGCCAAUGGAUUAGUAUCUUAACUGUUUAUUUCAUGUCGUAAAUAUAGUAGUCAAACAAAGCAAUUUGGCAGUAAUCUGUUAAAGAGAAGCACUGGAGUAUUAGGGGAGUGUUUAACCUGCAGCUGAGACUGGGUCAGAGAAAUGCUUUACAUGGGAGAGUGGGCAGAUCUGGGAGCAGUCACACAGCUUUCGAUGGCUGCUGUAAAAUCCUGUUUGUUGCUAAGUGAGCGGUACUUUACCCUUCAUGGAAACUGUAUGAUUGAGGAGCACAUCUCUGAGGCUGAAAAGAAGCAAAGCAGGCAGACAAGCUUUUCAAAUGCUUCCUUUUUUUCCCCACCCCUCCCCCCUCAGGUUAACAUUUCCAAGCUCUAAAAAAUGCCUAAAUCAUGGGCUUUGAUCCAUAAGAGACGCUGCAUGCAAUCAGGCCAAAGGCCAUCUAAUCUGCUAUCCUCUCUCUAGGGCACCAAGUAACAGGUGAUCACAGAAGCAUAAAAAAAUAAAGCUUGGGUACAAAACUCUUUCUCUGACACUGUUCCAGCAGUGUGUGGACUUUCUGAACUGGCAGUUCCUUCUGGACCUGGCUUUAAUGAAUGCACUUAGUCCUCUUUUAAAAAUCCUUUUAUACUUUUGGCCUCCACAGUGUUCUGUGGCAGUGGACCCUGAGUUCAUUGUGCAGUAUUAAAAAGAACAGUCUUCAGGCAAUUUUAAUGGUUUACUUGAUGGUUUCAUCGAGUAACCCUAAUUAUUCCACUGUCAGAUUUAGUAAUGACCACUCCUAUUUCUCAUCUCCUUGCCACUUUUUACAGACCUGUAUCAUACAUGUCCUCAGCCAUCAUGUUUCCAAACUACAGGCUCACGGUAUGUGAAGCUAUUCAUUACAGGGGAUGUGCUCAACACCACUGCCCUCUAGUUCGCUGGCUCUUUUCCAGUUCUGCCACUAACAAAGUGGAGAAGCAGGUUGUUUUUGUUUCCUCAGUAUGCAGAUUGAUGUUUCACUCUGCUUUCUUGCCAUCUAAAUUAUACACUCUCCAGUCAUAAAUCAGCCCUCUUGUGAUAUCUAAGAAAAAUAAAUCCUAAUCAUAGUAGACACCUGAAAGGUAACAUACUUGUUUGCCAGAAAGCUAUACAGACAUCUGAAAACAAUGGGUUUAGUUUUUUGUGUGUUGAAACACUGUUGAGUUUAUUUCAGUGCACAACAAUGACAACUGCUGCACUACGAGCACAGAACAAACUGCUCCAAAGGCUCUUCCAGGUGCAGGGGUGCAAUGUUGAUUGUUACACUAAAACAGCUGCCUGUAGUUGACGAUGAAAUGCAAUGGAUUGAUUGACUGAUUAACUGCCUUUCCUGGAAGUGAAUUUAACUUUAACAGCAAGAAGAUUUGUUUUACUCUGGUUUUACCCUGUAGAAUAUCUUGAGACCCUAAAAUACCAAAGAUAUUAUGUUCUCUGUUAAAUACACUUUCACUCAGUGGGUUAAAUGCUUGUGAUUCUAUAUAGUUAUUCUAUAUAGCCUUCUGGGAACAGGCUGUGGUUUUACUGCUAGGCCUGUCAGCUCCUAUUAUCAGCAGUGUUUUAUAAAAUUGUUCCUGGUAAUGGAAGAGAAGAGGUGUUGGAAAUUACACCAUCACUUGGACACAGAAGUAAGUUAAUACAUGAGAUGUCCUGUUGGCUGCGGGUGCAGUGUUUAUGUGCCAAAAGCUAUUGCUAUAUAUAUGUACUAUCUAAAAUGGCUUGAUUUUGCCAUGCUUCCAUUAUUCUCCAAAUGAUUGGGGCUUUUUUUACUUUUUUUUUUU